GUUCGGGUUCGCCCAAACGGGGAGACCCUUCGCUCACCGACUCUUGUAGCCUUGCGGAGUGACCGGGAGCGGCAAUCCGGCAACCAUGGAAGAGGAUGCACCGGCCGGCCUCGGUUUCGGCAGCGGCGACGAGGGAUCUCCGGCUUCCGCCAUCACCAGGCAACAGGUGGAUGCUGCAGUCCUGCAAUACCAGAAUCAAAGGCUUGUUCAGCAGCUGGAGGCCCAAAAAGCUGAAAUGCACACACUGGAAGGGAAGUUCAAAGAGUUGAGGGAGAGACAAAGUUCUUAUGAUAAGUCUUUGAUGACUGUUAACAGGAUGUGGAAUCAGUUAGUUGAUGAUUUGAUCCUGCUUGGCAUACGAGCUGGUGGUGACCUGCAUUACUUACAAUCAUUGGACCAUGAAGAUCACUGCAAAGAUGCCCUUGUAUCAUGUCCCCCGGAAGAAACAUUUCUCUGCAGGCUUAUAAGAGCAGGAUCUGUGGUAAAAAUAAGUGGAAGUUUAUCUGUGAAUUUUGUUCAAGAAGCACUUGCUUCACGCCAUGCAGCCACCAUUGAUCUGAUGAAAUAUGUUCUGGAGACAAUCACUUCUCGACGAGAUAAAAAUGAAUGCCUAUCUUUUGCUUUACAUGGGAAACUAGCUCCAGAAGAUGCUAUUGUUCAAAUCCAGAAGUUUGAUGAAUCCUUGAGAGAGGUCAUUAACAACAUGCAUCAAUCUGCCGAUAUUCUCUUGGAGAAGCACAAACAAUUUACAGAAGAAAUAAACACUUACAAAGAAAGCCUUUCAACAACACAAUCUGAGAUAAAACGCCUUUCAGGUGAAUUAGAGGAGAGUAUGGCAGAGCUCGAGGAAAGUCGACGCAAGUUGGCAAUUUUACAGAUGCAUAAGCAUGGAGCAUCUACGACACAUGCUUCAAUUGCAAAUGCUGCAAAUGGAAGCAGUUCACCAGAUAAAUCUGCAGAUAGAACCAUGGGAUUGAAGGAUCUGAAAGACUCAAUUGAGGAGGCUAAGACAUUGGCAGCUAGCCGUCUUUUGGAACUUCAGGAAGCCCAGGAAGAUUUCUUGAUUCUCUCAAAGCAAUUGGAUGAUCUUCAAAGCCAAUUGAAGGAUGAAAAUUAUGUUGUCACAUCAAAACCCUACACUUUACUAAAUGAUCAACUCCAGCAUCUGAAUGCAGAACUUGUACGGUACAAGGGUCUGAUUGAAUCCUUGCAGGUUGACAGGAACAACUAUCUUCCAAAGGAGAAUGAAUUAAAUCUUAAAGCAGACUCAGCUGAUGCUAUUAAGAUUUCUGUUAGCAAUUAUGAGGCAAAGAUUGCAGAACUUGAGCUUCAGAUUCAAAAGUUUGUUGUUGAAAAAAAUGAUCUUGAAAGUAAACUUGAAGAAGCUGAACAGGAUUUAGGUAGAAAAGACAUCAAGGACGAAAUUAAUGUCAUGGCAUCAGCAUUAACUAAAGAAAUGGAGAUGAUGGAAAGCCAAUUAAAUAGGUCAAAAUUGGCAGCUUCCGAAGCACUUGCACUACGUAAAGAAGCUGAUUCUUUGAGACCUCUGUUAAAUAGAAGGAUUAGUGAACACAAAGUCCUAUCUGAUAAAUAUGCUGAAGAAAUGGUUGAGAUUAAAUCCCUCAAAGCACUGGUUGAUAAACUGGAAAAGGAAAAGCAGGAGUUGCAAUUUAUCAUGGAUAUGCAUGGACAGGAAUGUCUCGAUACCAGAACAAUUGUUGAAAUCAAGGAAUCAGAACACAGAGCUCAUAUACAAGCUGAUCUGUUGAAAGCUACUUUAGCAGAUCACAGCCUUGAGUUACGAGUGAAAGCAGCAAAUGAUGCUGAGGCAACUUGCCAGCAAAGACUUUCUACUGCUGAAGCUGGAAUUCCAGAAUUAAGGGCCAAGUUAGAUGCUUCUGAGAGAGAUGUCUUAGAGCUUCAAGAGGCCAUAAGAAUAAAAGAUGCAGAAGCAGAGGCUUAUAUUUCUGAAAUAGAGACAAUUGGUCAAGCAUACGAAGAUAUGCAGACACAGAACCAACAUUUGCUUCAACUGGUUGCUGAUAGAGAUGCCUACAAUAUCAAGCUAGUUUCUGAUAGUGUGAAGAUGAAGCAAACUCAUAGCUCUCUUCUUUCUGAAAAGCAAGCCAUGUCGAAGCAGCUCCAGCAAGUGAACAGCUCAUUAGAGUUCUUAAAGACAAAAGUUGCUCAUAGUGAAGAACAGAUGAAGUUACAUGUUACACAAGCUGUUAAAGCUUCCAUGGAAAAUAGGCACAUUAACAUCAACCUGGAGAAAACUAAGCUGGAGUUGGUUGAUGCCGAGAAAGAGUUGAAGUGGCUCAGAUCAACCAUUAAUUCAUUUGAGAAAGAAUACGAACGGAACCAGAAAAAGAUUGCUGAGUUGAAAGUGGAACUAGAGAGAGAAAGAAAUGAGAAGAAAAAGCUAGAGGAAGAACUUGCUGAGGUAAAAAAUGAAGUCAUGGAAAUGAGUUCUGAGAGUGAAGAAGUUACGAUCCAGAAACUUCAAGAUGAGAUCAAGGAGUGCAAGGCAAUUCUCAAAUGUGGUGUAUGUUUUGACAGACCAAAGGAGGUUGUGAUCACCAAGUGCUUCCAUCUAUUUUGCUAUCCGUGCAUCCAGAGGAAUCUGGAGAUCCGUCAUCGCAGGUGCCCUGGAUGUGGCACUGCAUUUGGACAAAAUGAUGUUCGCGAGGUGAAGAUAUGAGUCUUUCAGAGUCGCCUCUCUAAUCACCGGAGCCUUUCAGAUUCGUCAUUGUAGGUGCCAUGAGAUUCGUUACUCUCUUUCUCUCUCUCCCCCCAUAUACAUAUAUAGGCUUUUAAGGAAUCCAAUCCAUUUUAUAAUUUUGAAUCUCGUAGAUGUUUCUUUCAUGUUUGGUAUUCCAUAAUACGAAGGCUGGUGGCCUAAAUGGUUGAAUGAAAGCAAUUCGGAGCAAGUUUAAUUUGUUGUUCC